AUGCUCGCUGCAGUUUCCCGCUCCUCCGCUCUCAACAUGAUGAAGCCACUCGGCAUCAUGUUCUAUCACGAAAAUGUUAACAAGCACUUCAAGAAUCCACAGAAUACAGGCUCUCUUGACAUGAAGGCACCAGAUGUCGGCACUGGCAUUGUCGGAGCUCCAGCUUGUGGUGAUGCUCUCAAGCUUCAGGUCAAGAUCAAUGACAAGGGUGUUAUCGAAGACGUCAAGUUCCGUGCUUUCGGCUGCCCAGCAGCUGUUGCAUCAUCCUCCCUUGCUACAACAAUGAUCAAGGGCAAGACUGUCGAAGAGGCUCUCGCCAUCAAGAACACAGCCAUCGCCAAAGAACUCAAUUUACCACCUGUUAAGCAGCAUUGCUCAAUGCUUGCUCAGGAUGCCAUCAAGGCAGCCAUUAACAGCUGGCGUAAGAAACAGGCUGCCAAGAAGGCUGCUGCUAAAUAA